AUGGGUUUAGCAGGAGAUUCACCAUAUGAUUUUGGAGAAAUUAAACCAGAUGAUUUAGAUAAAUCAAUUACAAAAUUUCAAAAUAUUUUAUCAAAUUGUAUUAAAGAUUUAGAAACUGAUGGAGAAGAAAUAAUAAAAUUAGUGAAAACAUUAAUUUUAACUCAAUCACCAGGUGAAAGAACUACAGAAUUCAUAGAGGAAUAUUUGAAAAAGAUUAGCAAUCUAAGUAAUACGGAAGCAUUGAAUGUAUCAAGAGUGUUAUCACAUCUAUUGAAUUUAAUUAAUGUUGCAGAACAACAUCAUUUGGUUAGAUCAGUUAGAGAAUCAUUCCUCAACAAUGAAGAUGAUUUAAAGUAUUCAUGUGAGAAUACCAUUCAACAAUUAUUAAAUCAAGGUCUUGACAAGGAGAGUGUUUACAAUGCAUUAAUUCAACAAAAGAUCGAACUUGUUUUAACGGCACAUCCAACACAAAUUAUGAGACGUACUAUAAUUUCCAAGAAUUCGGCAAUGGGUGAAGCAUUAUCGUCAUUGGAUAAUCAGCAAUUGACAAUGUUUGAACGUGAAGAUUAUGAAAAGAGAUUGAUUAGAGAAGUUGGUGGAUCAUGGUUAACCGAUGAAGUUAGAAGAUCAAAAGUUACUGUUGAAAUGGAGGCACAAGGUGGUUUCUCUGUGAUUGAACAAACACUUUGGCAUGCAUUACCAAAGUUUAUCAAGAUUUUAAAUAGAUGUUGUGUCAAAUACUUGGGUAAAGAAUUGCCACCAACUUUUGCAAAUAUUCAUGUGGCAUCAUGGGUUGGAGGCGAUAGAGAUGGCAAUCAUAAUGUAACCGCUGAGGUUACCAGACAAGUUAGUUACUUUUCAAGAUGGAUCGCUGCCACCUUGUAUUAUAAAGAGAUUGACGCUUUGUUAUUUGAAUUAUCAAUGGUAAGACAUAAUAAAACUUUGGAGGAAUUGGCACGUCAUUCAAUUGAAAAAAGAUCUGGUACCGUUAAAUUAAGAUAUCUAACAACCUUGUAUAAGGAAUUCAAGGAGGGCAUACCAAGCAAAGAAUGCUAUCGUAUCGUUAUGGCAGAGUUACGUGAUAAAAUGUUGUUGACAAAAAGAAAGUAUGAAGAUUUGAUCGCAGCCAAAAGUGAUACUCAAUAUCUUCCAGGUGAAACCUUUGAAAAUGCCGAUGAAAUUUUACAAGUACUUCAAGUUUGUUAUGAUUCAUUGGUUGAGGUUGGUGCAAAGGAAGUUGCCGAUGGCAGAUUAUUGGAUAAUAUUAGACGUUUGAAAUCAUUUGGUUUAACACUCUCAAAGAUGGAUAUUCGUCAAGAAUCAACUAGACAUUCCGAUGUUAUCAAUUGUGUUACCGAAUAUCUUGGUUUAGGAACUUACAACGAUUGGGAUGAACCAAAGAAACAAGCUUUCCUCAUUGGUGAACUAGAGAGUAAACGUCCAUUGAUCCCUCAUGAUUUACCAUGUUCAAGUGAGGUUCGUGAAGUAUUGGAUACUUUUAAAGUUGCCGCAUCAUUACCAAAUGGUUCAUUGGGUGCCUAUGUAAUUUCAAUGUGUAGAAAUCCAAGUGACAUCUUGGCCGUUCAUUUGUUACAGAAAGCAGUUGGUAAUAAAAAUCCACAAAGAGUUGUACCAUUGUUUGAAACAGCAGCAGAUUUAGAUUCUUCACCAAAAACAAUGGAAGAACUUUUCCUUCAACAAUGGUAUCUUAAAAGCAUUAAUGGUGAACAAGAGAUUAUGUUGGGUUAUUCGGAUUCCGCUAAAGAUAGUGGUAGAUUUAUGUCAUGUUGGGAGUUAUUUAAAGCUCAAGAGAGAUUAGCAUCAUUAACAGAGAAAUUCAAUGUGAAAUUAACUUUAUUCCAUGGUAGAGGUGGUACAGCUGCAAGAGGUGGUGGUAAUUCACAUGAGGGUAUUAUGUCACAACCUGGUGGUUCAUUGAAAUCAGCUUCCACCAGAGUUACAAUUCAAGGUGAAAUGAUUGAUUCUCAUUAUGGUCAAAUUGGUGCAUCCAUUAGAAAUUUCGAACUUUUCACAACUGCUCUCUUAAAGCAAUCCCUAACUCCACCUCCUCCACCAAAGCAACGUUGGAGAGAAAUUAUGGAGCAACUUUCCAUCACCUCUUGUAAAAAGUAUAGAUCAGUCGUAAGAGAGAAUCCAUCAUUCAUUCAAUACUUUAGAACUUCAACAGUCCAACCUGAAAUGGUCUACCUUAACAUUGGUUCUCGUCCUGCCAAAAGAAUAGCCGCAAAAUCAUUUGGAUUGGAACAUUUACGUGCUAUUCCUUGGGUAUUCAGUUUUUCACAAAAUAGAUUAAAUUUACCAGUUUGGUUAGGUAUUGAAGAUGCAAUUUUAGAGGCAAAAACAAAAGGAUGGGGAUCUGAUAUCAAUGAAAUGUACAAAGAAUGGCCAUUCUUUUCAUCCACUAUUGAUUUGGUAGAGAUGGUACUCUUGAAAACUGAUCCUCAAAUUUCAUUACGUUACAAUCAAAUGUUAGUACCAGCUCAAGUUCAACCUUUAGGUAUUGAAAUGAUUGAUGAACUCACAAAAACUACAAAUGCAAUCUUGGAAUUAACAAAACAUAAAACUCUUCAACAAGAUAAUAAAAUCCUUCAACAUUUUGUUUCAAUUCGUAGAACCUUUAUGGAUCCAAUCAAUUAUAUUCAAGUUGAAACCCUUAAAAGACUUCGUUCAACUCAAAAACCAGAUGGAACAAAUGAUGAUGCUGAUCCAAUAUUAAUUGAUACUUUAAUUAUUACUUUUAAUGGUAUUUCUGCUGGUAUGAAAAAUACUGGUUAA